CAGGCCACCCCCUGCCGGCGCUGGCCAGGCCCGGCAGAGCCGUGCCGCACGCAGCCCAGCGUACCCGCGGGCGCGUGCUCCAGGCGCACGCCGCCCCGCCCCGCCGCCCGUGGCCUUCGCGCGUUGUACUUCCCUGCACCUCCCGGCGCCGCUUCCCCUAGACCCCCGCGCCGUUGGAGGGACCCGGCGGGCCCGAGCGCGCUGUUUGGCAGAGGGAAGCUCUGAGAGACCGGGUCAGCUGGGGAGAAAUAGCGGUGGGUAGCAGAGCCAGCUCCGCACGCCCAGGGAGUGGAAGGGAGGAGGAGGCAGAGUUAGGUGAGAGAGCCCGGAGGAAGUGAGCUAGAGUCCGACCCGAGCUCGGGCUCAGGACCCAGCCUCGGCGCCCAGGCCCCCGAGCCCGCGUUACAGCCAAUCUAAAGAGGACAGACCAAACACAGGGACGGACCGACCAAGGAGACAUGGCUUCACCGUUCCUGCCCGCCGGGGCCACCACUGGCGACAGCGGUGGAGAACUGAGCUCAGGGGAUGACUCCUGUGAUGCGGAAUCUCCGCCGAGCCCCGAGACCGAGGCAUCCAGGAGCCUCACAGAGCUGUUUGAGAAGGCUGCCGUGCACCUCCAAGGCCUCAUUCAGGUGGCCACCAGGGAGCAGCUCUUGUACCUGUACGCCAGGUACAAGCAGGUCAAAGUUGGAAAUUGUAAUACCCCUAAGCCAAGCUUCUUUGAUUUCGAAGGAAAGCAAAAAUGGGAAGCCUGGAAAGCACUUGGUGAUUCAAGCCCCAGCCAGGCAAUGCAGGAAUACAUUGCACUGGUUAGAAAAUUAGAUCCAGCUUGGAAUCCUCAGGCACCAGAGAAGAAAGGAAAGGAAGUAAACACUGGUUUUGGUGGGCCAGUUGUUAGUUCUCUAUAUCAUGAAGAAACCAUAAGGGAAGAAGACAAAAACAUAUUUGAUUACUGCAGAGAAAACAACAUUGACCAUAUAUCCAAAGCCAUCAAAUCGAAAAAUGCGGAUGUGAAUAUGAAAGAUGAAGAGGGCAGAGCACUACUCCAUUGGGCUUGUGAUCGAGGACAUAAGGAACUAGUCACAGUCUUGCUGAAAUACAGAGCUGACGUUAAUUGUAAGGACAAUGAAGGUCAAACAGCUCUACAUUAUGCCGCAGCCUGUGAGUUUCUGGAGAUCGUGGAAUUGCUGCUCCAGGCUGGUGCCGACCCCACUCUCCGGGACCAGGACGGCUGCCUGCCAGAGGAGGUGACGGGCUGCAGUGCCGUCUGUCUGGUGCUGCAGCGACACACAGCUAGCAAGGCUUAAUCAAGAGACUGGAAAACCACAGUUCAUAACAGCAUGGGGCUUCAAUGAGGAGAGAAAACUGCAAAAACAGUCCUUCUUUCACCACCCAUCUUUGGUAUGCAUUGGCUAAUAAAAUCAGUUCUGAGGAACUGGGAUUUUGACGUCUCA